CGAUACUGUUUCCGUGACACCAAGCACUUCGAAGACUCGCGAAACCUUUCGUCCGCCCCGAAACCCCCGGUGAUCGAUUUCGUUCCACUCCGCCAAAAAAGUGUUUUCUCGCUUUGUGGGUUCGGUGUCGUGAUCAAUCGAUUUUCUCAUCCCACCGUGUGUGUGUGUGUGUGUAGUAAAGACAGUGUCGUUUCGCGUCGCACCGGUAGACUUGCACUCGUCCCGUUCCAUUUUCACCGCGCAACACAACGGUGCGCUGGCGCUUGGUUGUCCCUGACAAGCCCUUGGAGGAACGAGAAUUACUUCGAUCGCCGGUAUAAACACUGCUCGUCGUACUCGUACGGCCGGGGAUUGGUAGACUACCCGCGUCCGAGGAACGUAAACGAGCGAAAGGGCGAAUUCUUCGAGUGCCAAAAGGAGCAUGUCGUCGUCCUCCACGACGACUCCGUCUCCACCGUGGCAUCCUGCGGCGUACCGGGGACGUUCCGUCGCUGUGGCACAGUCAUCCCGUCCCAAGACGUCCACGGUGACUCCACCACCAUCGUCGUCGUCACACACCCACGGACGUCGUGGGACGGGACGAAAGUCGGGGACCCGUGUGGGACGGACCAGUGGACAGGCAGCGUUGCCCAGAAAGUCCGGGCGGGGACUUUCGGGCACUACCACGACGACAACACUCACCGCACACGCCACGGAAGGUACCCCCACGGUACUACUUCCUUACCACUGCCGGAGUCUCUACACGAAUCGACAAAGUCAAAGCCCCGAUCCGAACGUUUUGACGUUUUUGCAAACGUCCUGUCCCGAUGAUGUCCUACCGCGAGUUCUGGCCUUUGCCGGACCUCAACAAAUCGCCGUGCUCCAAAAGACCAAUCGCUUUUGGAAGACGCUCUUGGAACGGGACGGAACCUGGCGUGUCCUUUGCGAAGAACUCUACAAGUGGAAACCAGGAGACGCCGAACCGGCCUGUUGGAAGACUUACUACCGCAUGAAUCCUUGUGUACCCGUCGAUUUCCGAACCGUCCACCAAGCUCUCCAGAUCGCCAACGCACCUACCGUCCUUCCAAGCCGCCGGGGGGUUGUUCCACCCCAUCCCACACAGAACCGUUCCUUGCGCGUUUGGUUGCGUCCCGGCCGACACGUACUUCACCAACCCGUCACUGUACAAGCCUUACCCGGAGUACAACUACACCUGGAAACCAUGGAUUUGCCCGCCAACGUCUAUUGUGCUACACCAGCGGCAGCGGCACCCCUGGAACGAAUCGCCGAAACGGCCCCGGAAACCUCACCCCGACGAAUCCAUCGUCGUCGCUUGUUGCGGGGGUGUUCUCGUGGAGCCGCGGACGCUGCCGACGCCGACGCCACCGGCAAUGCCGAACCGGACGAGUCGGAUCCGUCCGAAACGAGCUUCCGGUCCGAAUCAACGGACGGCACGUCCGCUACCGGAGCCUCCACCCGCGCCACAUUGGUCCUCCGCUCCCGACGACACAACCAACCCGCCAUUUGGGUCAAACAGGGCGUGCUGGUGGCCAAGGGUCUAGACAUUUGCCACAAUUCCUACGGACUCGAUAUUUGGAACGGCAACGCCGCCAUACAGAUCCAACCACCCCUCACGGACGAUCAACCCGUCCGGGUCCAUCCCCGCCCCACGGCGCUCCUGGAACAUUGCAAAAUCACCUCCCGUUCCGGCCGCGGUGUCGUCAAUAUCGACGGCGGCAGCGUCACCAUCCGCGGAUGCGCCAUCCACGACUGCGCCGCGACGGGCCUUUACGUGGGCGGCACCGGCAGUCAAGCCCUGGUCAGUCACACGGACGUGGUCACCAACGGCGUCGGCAACCAACAAUCCCGCCGGGGUAUUGCCCGCGGACACUCGGGAGUGUACCUCGAACAGGGAUUGGCCCGCAUCGUCGAUUCCAAUAUCUCUCGGAAUACACUGACGGGUAUUUCGGCCGUCUCGCACGAGAAUGCCGUCCUCGCACUGCUCCGCAGUGAUCUGGUACGCAACGGGACUCUACAAAUCGAAGUACCGCCACUCGGAUCUCAAGCGCGGCGACAAUCCCGACUCGAGGACAAUCGUGUCGAUCUGGCCGGCCCCGUGCCUUCCCGGUCCGGCCUCGUUCCCAGUACAUCCUAG